AUGUUGACCAAACUUAUCGUCAAUGUAUACAAUUUGUGGGUCGUGGUCUUCGUGGCCAUCGGCACAAUUGCCAGUGCCUAUGGGCUGGCUGUCAUCGGAUCGACCGUUGGACAACCAAACUUCUAUACCUACUUCAACUUGGCUACUGAGGGUGAGCCAGAUUACUCCCACACUACAAACAUGAUUGGUGCCCUCAAUGGAAUCAACUCGGCUGGUGCCAUUGUAGGGUGUCUUUACCAGGCCUGGUCAGCAGACUAUUACGGUCGCAAGCGCACCCUGCAAUUUGGAUGCGUGGUGUUGAUUAUCGGUGGUGCAUUAUGCGCAGGUGCUGUCAACAUGGCAAUGUUCCUCGUUGGCCGAUUCAUUGCCGGUGCUGGCGCCGCCAUUCUAGCCUGCAUCGUGCCUAUUUACCAAUCUGAAGUCUCGACCGCAGAGACACGCGGUGCUAUGGUCUCCGUGACGGGCAUUAUGUACGCCGUCGGGUACAGUCUUGCUGGCUGGCUCGGAUACGCUUGUUACUUCAUGAGAGCAACCGAUCGAGCAGCAGAAUUCUCUUGGCGGUUCCCGCUGGCAUUCCAAGUCAUAUUUCCUCUGAUUGUCCUAGCUGGCAGUCCUCUGAUACCAUUUUCUCCCCGCUGGCUGUUGCAGCAAGGGAGACGGGAUGAGGCAUUCGACGUUGUUAGAAAGCUGCACAGUACACCGAGGGAUACUCACGGCGCCAAAGCUGCCGAAGAGUUCCACCUCAUCGAAAAGCAGUUUGAACAUGACAGAUCCAUGAUGGUUCGUCCCUUCGAGCUUUUCCGCACAUUGCCCAACCGCAGACGCGCUCUCGUUGCAUUCAUACUCAUGUGGGGAAACCAAUUCCUUGGAGUGUUUGUCAUGACGAACUACGGUGUCCUAAUCUAUGCCAGCCUCGGGAUGAGUGGCUCUAUUCCACUUCUUCUAAACGCAUGCUGGACAAGCUUUACACUUAUCGGAAACACCUGGACUGCGUUCAACGUGGACAGUGUCGGUCGACGGAAAUGCCUGCUCCUUGGCGCAACCGGGUGCACCGUGUCUGUAAUAUUCCUUUGUGCUAUAACAGCCGAGUAUCUGGGAACAGAUAACAUAGCCGGGCUACGGGCCGGGGUGUUCUUCGUCUUUUUCUUCAUCUUCUGGUGGUCAUUCUUCGUUGAUGCAACGCAAUAUGUCUAUGUCGCGGAGAUAUUCCCGAAUCAUUUGCGCUCACAGGGUGUCGCACUUGGCCUGAGCAGUUUCUACCUUGCUUCCGAGAUCACCCUGGUCGGUGCUCCGGUGGCGCUGAACAACAUUGGAUGGAAAUUCUAUCUAGUGCUGAUCAUUCCUUCUUUCUGCUAUAUUGUUGCUAUUUACCUCCUUUUCCCAGAGACAAAGGGCCAGACCCUGGAAGAGAUCGGUGCGCUCUUCGGUGAUGAAGCGAACGUUGUGUCCCGCCGGUACAACACUACCCAGGAAGGGCGAGGAACAAUGCUAGCAGAAGGAUCCGAAGAGAAAGGUGGAUCGCCGAGGCAUAGCUCAGAUGGUAACGACUCUAAGGCAACCGUCAUCCACGAAGAGGGAUCUUGA